AUGAAAGGUCGUCCAUUAUGUUUUCCUAAAUUUUACAUUCAUGGAGCAAUUCCUAUGGGAUCUGAUAUAAGUGAUUCAAUCUUUAUAUCGGGUACAUUUGCAAGUUACCAUUAUAUAUCUGGUGAAUAUUAUGGACCAUAUGAUAUAGGACUUGGAUUUUAUCCAGAAGCUGAUCAUAUUGUUCAUGGAAAAGGAAAAGAUGAUAUAGGUAUUUAUGUCAUAACAGGUAUUUAUUCACGAAAAACUCUUCGAAUGAGUUUAAAAUUACAUUAUCAACUUGGAACAGGAAAUCCAGAAGAGAAUUUAGGUCAUACAGCAAUUGUUCAAGUAAAAUGGAAUCGUAGUAAUGAACAAUUUGAAGGCAAAUAUUAUGUUCGAAACACACUGCAUCAUGAUGAAAAUAAAUUUGUAAUUCGAUAUGAAGGUGCAUAA